AUGGUGACCGGAGGGCUUGUCGACGUGCACACGGCGGACGGUCGCCGGGCCGCGACGUACUUUGUGCUGCAGCAUCUGCACGGCGCGCGGGGCGUGAUGAUUCCGCACACGGCGUUCUUGGACGACGAAGGGGUCCUCGUCGAGUGGCUCUUCUGCUCUCACAAGUCGUCGCUGAUCCAGCGCAAGAAGGCGAUCCAGAACACAAACUUGCUCUUGUUUGAGCUCCAGCUGCAGGAACUCGCCGACGCCGUCGACGACACCACCGUCGCCGUCGUUUGUGAAGAUACCUUGCGGCUCUUGGACGAGACGCAGCUCGAUGCGUACGUCCGCACGCUGUGCGCGCGGGAGACCGACAUGUUCGCACCGGUCGCGCGGUUGCCAGGCCCGCGUCGAUUCAACGACGGUGCGUACUGCCUCCAGGCGUACACCGUGCCCCACGACGGGCUCCGCUACUUCGCCGAACUCCACGCCGAGGGCGAGACCCGCCGGUCGAGAAUCGCCGGAGGGAUUGCCAUCACCGCAGCUCCGUAUGCCUCGUCGCUCGAGAGCGGCACCGUGCUGACGUAUGGAACGACGGCCGAGAUCGAGUCGACGCUGCAGGCCGUGACGAUGCAGGUCUUUUCGCACCUCCAGAAAACAAUGCAAGUCGAAGCGAUGCGGCUCGAAUUUGUGUUUGCGAUCGCGUCGAUCGCCAAGCGCAUUGCGUCGCCCGUUCUGCUGGGCGCUCAGUGGAUACACGAGACCAACCAGGCGGAGCGCCCGACUACCGGCAGCCGCCGCGACAGUCGCUUGACUCCGACCGAGGGCCACGCAGAAGGCGAUGACAUCCCACCGCUGAUCGCCGACGUCGCCAACGGGCACGUGUGUCGGUUCUGCCGCCGACCGCGUGAGGCAGAGCUCAGUGCCGAGCUCGCCAAGACCCAGGCGACGCUCCGGCAUACCAUUGGCAAGCUGCAAGCGCGCGAACGAACGCUGGACCAGAGCCGUGUGGAAGCCGCCACCAUGCAGCAAAAGAUUCGCGACCUCGACAGUACGGUCGCCGAGCUGCACAACCAGCUCAAGCGGGAAGGCGCGCAGUCGAAAUUCGCUCUCCAGCAGCUCACAGACCUCCUCGCCGAGUCGGAGCGACAGCACCACAAGGUGCAAGCGAGUCUCGAGCUCGAAGAGAGUGCUCGGACCCGCGCCGAAGCGGUCAUCAAAGACCUGGAAGCCACGCUGGCGCAGCUCCACCAGACCGCCGACGCCCACCAAAAGCUCGCAACCAUCGAGCUCAAACGAGCGCAGACCGAGGCCGAGAACCACCUGCGCAGCGCCACAACGCUACGCGCGGCGCUCACCAAGAUGACCAAGGAGCGCGAUGAUUGCCUCUCGUUCCGCGCCUACCUCUAUCGGCGGCUCGCCGACACGUCGCAACCGGGCGUCGAGCCGCCCAAGCGCGUCGCAGGUGGCUUUUGGUCGUACCCGACGCCGUCGCCCGAGAACGUGGCCGAGGUCGUCCGCGUCCUCGUCGACUCGCAGCGCAGCGCCAAAGCCAAAGCCAAGUCGACCAAGUCCCUGCACGAGUGA